AUGAAUGUCCUACCCUUAUCCCUACUCAACGCAGCACAGGGUCAGCCCAUGCUGGUGGAGCUCAAAUCGGGCGAGUCCCUGAGAGGCCACCUGUUGAAAUGUGACCACUGGAUGAACCUCACGCUCAAGGAGGUCGAAGAGUUUUCUGCAUCGGGCGAAAACACCGCCACCGUGUCCGAGUACUAUGUACGAGGCUCCAACAUCAAGGCUCUCCAGCUGCCAGACGAGCUACUGCACAGCAUCAAGCAACAAUACAGCCAGCAGCGGGAACAGCGACAGCGACAGCAGCAGCUGGAGCAGGGCGGCCAGUUUGGCAACCGACGAGGCAACCGAAACUACAACAACCAGAGCAACAACCCCAACCAGCGACAGCGAGGUGGAGGACGACGAUAUUAG